UCCGCCCUGACCCACGCUUCUCAAUGCAGUCCCUGAUGCAGGCUCCCGUCCUGAUCGCCCUGGGCUUGCUUUUCGCGGCCCCUGCGCAAGCCCACCUGAAAAAGCCAUCCCAGCUUGGUAGCUUCUCCUGGGAUAACUGUGAUGAAGGAAAGGACCCUGCGGUGAUCAGAAGCCUGACUCUGGAGCCUGACCCCAUCCUCAUUCCUGGGAACGUGACCUUCAGUGUCGUGGGCAGCACCAGUGUUCCUCUGAGUUCUCCUCUGAAGGUGGAGUUAGUUCUGGAGAAGGAAGUGGCUGGCCUCUGGAUCAAGAUCCCAUGCACAGACUACAUUGGCAGCUGUACCUUUGAAGACUUCUGUGAUGUACUUGACAUGUUAAUUCCUACUGGGGAGCCCUGCCCAGAGCCCCUGCGUACCUAUGGGCUUCCUUGCCACUGUCCCUUCAAAGAAGGAACCUACUCACUGCCCAAGAGCGAAUUCGUUGUGCCUCACCUGGAGCUGCCCAGUUGGCUCACCACUGGGAACUACCGCAUAGAGAGCAUCCUGAGCAACCGUGGGAAGCGUCUGGGCUGCAUCAAGAUCGCUGCCUCUCUAAAGGGCGUAUAACGUGGCAUCUGCCACAGCAGAAUGGAGCAGUGUCAAAGCAGACUUUUUAAUAAAUGGUGCUGAGCCAACUGGAAAGCCACUUGGAGAAAGCUGAGGUUAGACCUGUACUUCACACCAUAUGCAAGAAUGAACUCCAAGUGGAUCCAGGAUCCAAAUGAAAGAAAAUGAAGCCAUGUAAAUACAGAAGGAAACGUGGUGGAAAUAUCCAGUGGCAACAAAAUAUUGACACAUUUGACUACAUAAAGAGAAAAAAAAUGCUUGGUAAAAACACAAUAAAA